ACUUUGCCCGUCUCCUUCUACCAAGUCUCACUUUCCUAGCCCCAUCCUCUGUAAAGUACGCUUGUUUGAAUCAAUUGCAGUUUUUGAUUGGAAUUAUAACCGAAUUUUGUUUCCUUUUCUUUAGAAUACUAUUUUAGUACCUCUUCAGCAACCAUCAUGUCGCCUCACACAUUGACGAGUUUUCUGCUAAUUGUUCUUUCUAUAUUUGUCCCUUUUAUUGUUGUCGGUAUUCGCAGAGGAUUCUGUAGUGCAGACUUUCUCAUCAACAUCUGUCUUUGCGCUUUGGGUCUUCCUGGAAUCAUCCACGCUAUUUACAUUGUCUUGAAGUAUCCCUCCUAUCCUGUCUAUGACAUAGAACACGGUCAUUACUCCUCUGUUCAUGCUCCUGAAUCUACGGCACAUCAGAGAAUUUCUGCAAACUCCAAUGUUAAUCCUCCUGCUUACUCGACGUUCGCUCCUAACGAUAACAAAUACCAGCAUCAGUCCUAAGAUUUCUCGUUAUUCUUCCACAUUCGCUCCACAGGUUCCUUCUUGUCUGCUUUUCAAUAAUCUUCAGCGUUUUCACCUCCCAUACCGUCUACUUCACUUUGUAGAUACAACAACGUUUGUUGGAAAUCUUCCUAACGACUUUUCAUCGUCUGUUCAUCGCUGUCCUGAUCUUUCCUUUCAAUUUCGAAAGAUUAAGCGUUCAUGAUUUCUCUUUAUUUUUUUUAUUAGUAUCUUUAAUAAUUGCUUCUUCUUACUUCUACCUUUUCAUUUCAUCUGCUUCUUUCACCACCCAUCAUCGCUCUACUUACUCAAAUUGAUUUCUGUCUUAUAGUUCGCUAUCCGUAUCAUAACGCAUCACGCUAAACUGCUUUUGCAUCAUUCCGGUUCGACUCUGUUUCUCCUUCACCCUACCCUAACAUGAUACUACUAUAUACGUGACUGCGUUUUGGGACCACAAAGAAAGGGUGAAAUUUCUAUUCGUCUGUUUCACGUACCCGCACUACAC